AUGCCCGCUACACGAGGCAGAGAUAUGAACGGCCCAUAUGGUGGAAUGGGCGGCGGCUACUACGAUGAAGUGCAUGGAGAACAUAAAAUCAAGAAGAUUGAUGCCUGGGGACGGAGCUAUAUGGGAUACGAUGUUCUGAACGGAUUUCAGUUCACCUGGGAUGACAACCAUCAGGGCCACCUCAUCGGUCACAAGAACGACAACAUUUACAAAGGAUUUGAGUUUAAGGAUGGUGAAAAGAUAAACAGCAUGAUUGCCUAUGCUGGAGAUGGUGAAGGCUAUGUCAACGGCUUCAAAUUCGAUACAAACAAAGGCCGCCACUAUUCGAUUGGUGGAAAGGAGGGCAAAGUUAACCAUCUUAACCACCUUGGGACUGGUGACUUGAUUGGAGCGGAAGGCAGAGAUAGUAUUCACGGCUCUGGAGAAGUCGUGGAUAGUAUGGACAUCUACUUCAAGACCUGA